AUGCCGGACGGGACGCAGGCGGGCACAGCCUCGCCGCCUACAGCGUCUGUGUCACAGGAUGCGCGAACAAAAAGUGUCGUUCGCGCGGGUCCCCAGCUUAUAUCUGACCUACCUGUAGCGGAAAAAGCCGCUGCGCAGACGUACGAAGAACUGGCCGAGUGUGUAUACCAAACAAAAAACAUGGGUCGGACGCGCGGCCAUGACGACUUGACGUGCGAGUGCACUAGCAAGCAUGGUAUUGAGUAUGCGUGCACAGAUGAGGGCGGCUGUAUUAACCGCCUCACCCAAAUUGAGUGCACAAGCGAUACGUGCAAGAGCGGCGUGCUGUGCCAAAAUCAGCGAUUCCAGAAAAAAGCGUACGCGCGGGUGGAAAUUGUGGAUACAGGCAAAAAAGGAUUUGGACUGCGUGCCAAGGAGGAUAUUGCGGCCGAUGCGUUUGUGUACGAGUACAUUGGCGAGGUCAUCCAUCACGACACGUUUGUGCGUCGCAUGGAGCAAUACAAGCAGGAGCGCAUUAUGCACUUUUACUUUAUGAUGCUGCAGCGAGACGAGUACUUGGAUGCGACGAAAAAAGGCGCGCGUUCGCGCUUUAUCAACCACAGCUGCAGCCCAAACUGCUACGUGAGCAAAUGGCAUGUUGGCAAACAUGUGCGCAUGGGCAUAUUUGCCAAGCGCGCCAUUCAGCAAGACGAAGAGCUUACCUUUAAUUACAAUGUGGAUCGCUACGGCAACGACCCACAAGAGUGCUACUGCGGCGAGCCGAACUGUGUAGGUACACUGGGCGGUCGCAUCCAAACAGACCUGGUUACGAUGGACGAUUUGUUUAUUGAGGCUCUUGGCAUUGCAGACGAAGUGGCAGUAUGGCGGGCCUCGCUCCCACGGAACAAGAAGAGCGCCAUCCUGGACGAGGAUUUCCAGCCAGUGCUGCACCCAAUGCACGAAGCAGAAUGUGCGCGUGUAAUGACUGCGGUACGACAAGCAACCUCGCGCAGGCACAUUCUUCACAAGCUCCUUGCACGGAUUGCCAUGACCGACGCGGUAGGUGUGCAAAAGUCUUGUGUAAAACUGCAUGGAUUUAUGGUCAUGGCAGAAGUGCUGGACGAGUGGGCGGACGAUGCAGACAUUGUGGGACUCAGCCUCCAAUGCCUUGCAAAGUGGCCGCUUUUAGCGCGCGACAAGGUAGUCGAUUCUGGUGUGGAGAUGCAGGUGUAUCGGUUUUUGGAGCAUGCCCCAGGGGCACACAAGGAGGAAAUGCAGACUCUUGCGAAGAGCCUCGUCGAUGCAUGGAGUAAGCUUAGCUCGACGGUGCGGAUCGCACGCCGGGAGCAAGAUACCAAAGACCAGACAGAGAGUGUGGGCCCGAUCCGAUCGCUAGCUGCACGGUGGCGUACAGAAGCACAGAUCGUGCCCGAGGAAACCGUCCCUGCCUCGCUCUCCUCGCAGCUGCGUGAGUCGAUUGUCGCGUACCGCACAGCCGACGAAAAUGUGGUGCACAAGCCAGUAGAUUCCGCGCCGGUACAGCGUCCUCGCUCACCGAAAACAACUGCGCCCAAAGAGUCUAUCUCGGAGAUUAUAAGGCGCGCAAAUGAGGCCAGUGAGCAAAAACAGCGCGCGGCGCUGGAAGAGCAAGCAGCUGCACAAGCCAAAGCAGACGCCGAGGCAAAACAAGAGGAGGAAAAGGCAGAACAGCGCCGGCGGCGACGUUCGCAGCAGCAUGCGUAUCCAGAAAAGCGUGCAAGACAACCGGAAGUCGAUAUGGAAGCGCUCGAGCACCAGCUGCAGAAAUUAGUCGGCGCACUUGUCGUGAAGCAAAUGUCGAAAGCCAAGGAUGUGCUUGACCGCGAGCGCUUCAAGCGGCACGCCAAAGAGCUAACGCGCGUUCUUUGCGACAAGGAAAAACGCAAUCCCAAAGCAUGGCCGCCGCGCACCAAAGACGGCCCUGUCACCUCACUAGCGACCCUCAGCGAGGAAAAACGGGUGAAGAUGAAGCUAUUUGCACACAACUACAUCAAAAAGCUUGUCCAGCGCAAGAAGGAUUCGCCGAGCGCGAGUCAAGACACACCUGGAGAGGUGUCCAUCGCACUCUCUCUGGACGAUUCCAUGAUGGAAAAUGGCGAUAUCUCCGUAGACUACGAUCCAUAG